GUCAUUUUCAGUUUUCAUUUCAAGUUUGUCACUGUCAAAUUUUAUUUUACUGUUGUCAAAAUUUAGGUUACUCUAAAAUUAAAGCUUUGAAUGCGUUAAAUCUUUAAAUAAUACAUUAAUUGCCUGCUAAAUAAUAAUGUUAUAUAUAUAUAUAUAUGACUAACAGAAAAACACUAAUAAUAUGAUGAACUCACUACAGAACACCGUAAAAUAUUUACGGUAUAUCAACAUCAAAACAGCCUUAAACACGUUAAAAGAACGUCCUCCAGUACAAUCUGUGGCUGUAACAAAAUUGGAUAUAACAUCGAAAACGAAAAAUAUAAGUUUUAGUCCUAGAAGUAUCAAUUUCGAGAUAAGGGAUAAGCCUACACAGUACAGAAAGCAACAAGACCCUUUAUCCUACAUACCGAUAGUGAAUCCUCGGUCGAUUUUGCCGUUAAUUGACAGUAAUUGGAGAAAAGAUGAAAUUGAACUGCCAGCUAUUCAGCAGGAAGAGAAGCAAGCGGUACGCUUGAUAGUUAUUCGUAGAAAAAAGAUGAAGAAGCAUCAGAGAAGGAAGCUGUGGAAGAGAAUGAGACAUCGCUGGGCGAGGGUAAAGAAGAACCGUCGUAUCAAAAAAGAAAAGAUAUUUCAAAACGAACUACUUGCUAUGGUGAAGCAAGCUAAUGAGUUUUCGGCUGAGCAGUACGUCCUCGGCAAACUGGAGAAAGCUAACUACACUCCUUUACCGACUCGUUGGAGACACAAACGUUUGCCCGAGUUUAUUAUAAGACAACUCCUGGGCAUCGACAAGAAAAUUAACUAUAAACAUACUGAUAAAUACAAAGCUUAAUGUGCCUAAGAGCAAUCUGUAUAGAUUAUUUGUGAGGAUUCUGUAGUUACAAUAAAAAAAAAAUUACAAAAUUAA